AUGGCUGGAUCAAAUAACGAGGGUCAGGAAGGAACCCCUGCCAGAAAUUCCGAGAAAAGCAGUUGUGUUGCUUGCCAGAAGCCCGACUCAUGGAGCAACUUGGUGCAGUGUGACAAUUGUCAAAGUUGGUGGCACCAGCUGUGUGCAGGAGUUACUGGAUCGAUUGCUCAUCGCCGGUGGAGUUGCCGAAAUUGUAUACCGGCAAUCAGUGAAAGUUCCUUGCUUACAACGUCCAGCAUACUUAACCGACGGAAGAAACUCCAGCUGCAGCUGCUACAAGAACAGCGCGCACUGGAUCGUCGUGCUCGCAAGGUUCGCGAAAAGGCACGAGAAGAUCGCCUCAAAUCUCAGCUGGAAGAAAUCCAAGCUGAAAAAGACUAUAUCGAUGGCAAGUUUAAGCUCUUGCAAGAAGACCACAUCUCUGACAAAGAAGAAGAAGUACGUAGUCUUAUCAGUCAUCGAUCUCGCAGGAAGAGGAUCGAAACCUGGGUGGAAAACUCUUCCCGUCGAGACGACCCGGUCAGUGUACAGCUCGGAAUUAUGGAACCGGAAAAGGAUAAGCAGCAGCAAUCAAGCGGCGCCAUUCAACCCGAUGCUUCCGAAGCACAUCCGAAGCAGUUCACUCCACGACGCUCUACAGGAACGAUACCCAAGCUAUCAGUGGCACAUCCGCCGGUGUUCAACCAGCCGCAAAUAGAUAUUAGCCCAAUGCAUCCAGCCGUAGCCAGAGGUACCGGAAGAAUCCUCUCAACUCCAGCGGGAAUGGACACCAGUCGCAGCCAAGUUCAGGAUCAUGUAACGAAUGAUAAACAGUGUUCUCUUCCCUCCGAGAUGAUUCAACAAGUCCCAGGUAAGACUGUUCCAAUUAUUCAUCCACAUGACCAAAAUACACUGCCUUGCCAACAAAGUGAGCCCCUAUCACACCUAAUUCAACAACUUGGGCUGGGCCCAAAUGAACACAUAAAUUUUACCCAUCUAUUGCCCGCGUACCAACCAACGCCUUCUCAACUUGCUGCUAGGCAGGUAAUGAACCGCGAUUUGCCUACAUUUACUGGUUCACCAGCUGAGUGGCCCAUCUUCAUUAGUACCUUUAUUAAUACCACUCUUAAUUGUGGCUUUAGCCCAGCCGAAAAUUUAGUUCGCCUUCAGCGUUGCCUUAAGGGCCCUGCUUUAGAAGCUGUCCGAAGCGAUUUGCUUCAGCCAGAGUGUGUUCCCCAAAUUAUGGAAACCCUUCGCUUCGUUUAUGGACGGCCCGAAUUGCUGUUAGAGGAACUUCUGGAAAAAAUUCGUGGAAUUCCAGCUCCAAAACCGGAUCGUCUUGAGACUUUGGUCGAUUAUGGUGUGGCCGUUAAAAGUUUGAGUGGCCAUCUAGAAGCCGCCCAUCUGCAUGAACAUCUCUCAAAUCCCACUCUGUUAUCCGAACUCGUCAAUCGAUUACCCGCGCAUGUGAUGUAUGAUUGGGCAAAACAUUGCAAAGGUUUGAGCGAAGUGAAUCUAAAAACAUUUGGUGCCUUCAUGAAUAACGUAGCGCGAACAGUGAGUCAAGUUUGUCCGAGCAGUGGAGUAGCAGUGAAGAAGGAGACAAAUAAAAUAAAACGUGGCACAGUUCAUGCGCACACGGAGCUGCCACCGGAACGAUACCAUCCGGGAAAAAGAUGUCCGAAAUGUGCUGGUCAACACUAUCUGAGGGAUUGCGAAGAUUUCAUAUUGUCCAAUAUAGAAGAGCGCUGGAACUUAAUCAACUCUACACAGAUAUGUCGUAUCUGUCUUUUUGCCCAUGGGAAGAGAUCGUGUCGAAGCCAAAACAAAUGUGGGAUUUCCGGUUGCAACUAUCGCCAUCAUACCCUUCUUCACACCCCCUCUUCCUCUCCGAAUCCGCCGCAUCCUUCGUCGACAGUUAGAGAUUCAGGCCGAUCACAAUCAGGAAUGCAGAACCAAACUCCUAUUACCGUUCAACCAGCUGCCUCUGGCGAAAUACUGUCUCAUAGAAGUUCGGAACGUGGGAGUCUAUUUCGAAUAAUUCCUAUCACAGUGUACGGUAACGGAAAGUCCAUCGACACCGUUGCUUUCAUCGAUGAAGGAUCGUCCCUCACGCUGAUUGAGGAAUCACUUGUCAACGAAUUGAACAUAAAAGGGACUCCUCAAGCACUCUGCCUUCAGUGGACCGGCAAUAUGUCACGCAUAGAAAAGGAUUCUGAAAUUGUCGAUCUUGUGAUUUCCGGAAUAAACCAGCAGAAAACCAACAUGAAAGAAACGCGUACGGUUAAACGAUUGUCAUUGCCGACACAAACGUUGGAUUAUGAAUACUUAGCAAACAAAUAUCGACAUCUUAAAGGACUCCCGGUGGGGAGCUACGUCAAUGCAGUCCCUCGGAUCUUGAUCGGCGUGAACAACCUUCAUCUGACCGUGCCAUUGAGAGUCAAGGAAGGGCAAUCGGAUGAACCAAAGGCUGCAAAAACUCGCUUGGGCUGGUGCAUCUACGGUGGAGCUAAAAGUGAAUCAAAUAUCCCGUCUAUUAGCUUUCACGCUUGUGAAUGUUUGAAAGAUGAAACUCUUCACUCGAUGGUGCGUAAUUUCAUCUCACAAGAAGAUGCAGGAUUGACAACGGAAAUUACCUUAGAAUCCGAAGCAGAUAAAAGAGCCCGUUCCAUCUUGGAAGAAACAACACACAGAAUAGGUGAAAGAUUCUCAACUCGACUUCUUUGGCGUUUCGAUGAGUUCGAACUACCCGAUAGCUACCCAAUGGCGGUGAAACGCAUGGAAUGCCUGGAACGUAAAAUGGCUAAGAAUCCACGUCUACUAGAAAAUUUAAAGAAACAAUUAGAAGAUUACCAGGCAAAGGGUUAUGCGCAUUUAGCGACAGAAACGGAGCUAAGGAACUCUGAUCCAAGACGCACAUGGUAUUUACCACUAGGUGUGGUCGUAAACCCUAAAAAACCGGAGAAGGUGAGAAUGAUUUGGGACGCUUCCGCUACAGUUAACGGAAUAUCCUUGAAUACCAUGCUACUUAAAGGGCCUGAUGAACUGAUUCCACUUCCCUGGAUCCUAUUCCGCUUUCGCCAGUACCCAGUUGCCGUGACAGCAGACAUAUCUGAAAUGUUUCACCAAAUCAUGAUCGAUCCGGUAGAUCAGCAAGCUCAACGUUUCCUAUGGAGAUCAGAUCCUCGAAGUUCACCCGAAAUCUACGUGAUGAACGUAGCCACCUUCGGAGCGACGUGUUCACCAGCAGCCGCCCAGUUCGUCAAGAACAAGAACGCUAGAGAAUUUCGAAAUAGUUACCCUAGAGCCGUUGAAGGAAUUACGCAGCGACAUUACGUCGAUGACUACGCGGACAGUUUCGAGACAUCUGAAGAGGCUACAAGAGUGUCUUCGGAAGUUCGGUUGAUUCAUGCAGCUGGUGGCUUCAACAUACGAGGUUGGCGGUCUAAUGAUACAAAUGUACUUGUGAGCUUAGGAGAGAGUACGGCUCAACAAUCCAAAACCCUAGAUCUUGAGUUACGGAGCUACGAACGCGUUCUUGGAAUGCACUGGCUACCUGAAGAAGAUGUUUUGGGGUACUCUACAACACUUCCGCAAGAACUCCAUGACAUAAUUAAGCUGAGAAACCGACCAACAAAGCGUCAAGUUCUACGUUGCCUCAUGAGUUUUUUCGAUCCGCUCGGUUUGUUGGCGGCCUUUAUUCUACAUGGUAAAGUGUUGCUUCAGGACAUUUGGCGCUCAGGGAUUGAAUGGGACGAGGUGAUCGUGGAUGAGGCUUUCGAAAAGUGGCAACGGUGGACAGAUCAAUUCGAACACGUAUCUAAGCUUCGGAUUCCACGCUGUUAUUUCGAUAAAGUGACCAGAGUCCACUAUCAACAAAUGGAGCUACACAUCUUUGUAGAUGCCAGCGAGGAUGCCUAUGCUGCAGCCGGUUACUUUCGUAUCCCCAGCGGUCCUGGCAUGUUUGAAUGUACUCUUGUAGCGGCCAAAAAUAAGGUCGCUCCGCUAAAACACUGGUCUAUCCCGCGAUUAGAACUGCAAGCUGCUGUAACAGGAGCGCGUCUGAGGAAGUUCAUUUCCGAUGGUCAUUCAGUCGCAGCACAGCGUGUUGUAUAUUGGUCAGAUUCAAGUACGGUACUGGCGUGGAUUCGAUCGGAUCACCGUAGAUUUUCGCAGUUCGUGGCAUGCCGUGUAGGAGAAAUCUUAUCGUCGACAAACGUGUCAGAAUGGCGAUGGGUGCCAUCACGAUUCAACGUUGCAGAUCAUGCUACUAAAUGGGGACAAGGACCUCCACUCUGGUCGGACGAUACUUGGUUCAAAGGCCCGAACUUUCUGUGGGGACCAGAAGAGGACUGGCCCCAACCAAAGAUUCCGAAAACGACAACCGAAGAACUUAGAGUUUCGUGUGUGCAUUCUGCAGUUGUUGCUAUGGAGUCCGUAGUUACCUUCACUAACUUCUCAAAAUGGGAACGCCUGGUACGAACGAUGGCAUACGUCUACCGGUAUGGAAAUACCACCAUUGUAACGCGGAGACAGUCGUCAACGAAAUUCGUCAAUACUUCAUCGUUGCACAGCUAA